AUGUCGGCGCUGCGCUGGGGCCGCGGUGCGGCGGGGCUGCGGAGGGCCCUGGUGCCCGCGGGCCGCUCCGGCCUCCCGGCCGAGGAAGGGGCCCUUGGUAGCAUGGGGAGCUGCAGAAGGAGCUCAUCAGCCAGCCCUUGUGAGCAAGACUCCAGGAAGGACUGGGGCCAUGUGGAGCUGCUGGAGGUGCUCAAGGCGCGGGUGCGUCAGCUGCAGGCCGAGUCUGUGUCAGAGGUGACGGUGAAGACGGUGGACAUGGCUCGGUUCCCGCGGGGCCGCAGCGGCGGUGUCCAGCUGGCCCUGAAAGCUGAGGCGGCAGCGGGCCCUGAGCUCUGCAGCCGCUGGGCGAAGAAGCUGGACAAGGACAAGCGGAUCAUGCAGAAGCGCAAGAAGCAGCUGGAGGUGAAGAUGCAGGCCACUGCGCAGAAGCAGGCCCGGGCGCAGCUGCCCAAGGCCCUGCGCGUGGAGCCUCGGCUACAGAGCUUGAAGCUGGCCAGCCGCCUGCACCAGUGGGAACGUGGGGGCUCUGCCAGCCCCUGGGAGGAGCAGCUGGAGCAGGUGCUGCGAGAGGCCCCCAGGAAGCUGGGCCAGGAGAAGGCGCAGGGCACAGCUGACAAGAGGCCCGAGAACCAGCUCUCGGGCCAGCAGCAGAAGCUCCUGACCUUCCUCGAGGGCUGCUUGCUCACCGACCACCUGCCCCUCGCCCACCACGUGUUGGUCACCCAGCAUGGCAACUUCCGUCGCCGGCGUAGUCUUACCCUGAACAUGUACAACACCGUCAUGCUUGGCUGGGCCCGCAAGGGCUCCUUCAAGGAGCUGGUCUACUUGUUCUUCAUGGUGAAGGAUGCAGGCCUCACCCCUGACCUGGUGUCCUAUGCGGCUGCCCUCCAGUGCAUGGGUCGACUGAACCAGGAUGCCAACACCAUUAGGAGGUGUCUGGAGCAGAUGGCCCGGGAUCGGCUGCAGCUGCAGGCGGUCUUCUCAGCUGUGCCCUUGUCUGAGGAGGAGCGGGCUGCACUGCUGACCGCCGUGCACAAGGUCAAGCCCUCCUUCCGGCCGCCGCCCCCGCCCCCGCCCUCCCCCCAGGCCAACUCGUCCCCCUUGCUCAGGGACAUCUACACCCAGGACAAUGCUGUGUCCUACCCGAAGCUUCACCUGCCCCUGAAGGAGCUCCAGGGGCUGUUCCAGCAGCAGCUGCUGGUCGAGAUGGCCACCACUGUCCAGGUCCAGUCUGUGGAGAAGGCCCCAGAGCUGACCAGCGAGGUCCAGCAAGCGCGGGAGACGCUGCAGAGCCUGUGGGCCCAGUGGGAGGCGGCACUAUGCCGGGAGCUGCAGGAAGUCAAGGCCGAGCUGUCGCGUGAGGCCUUAUCCGGCCGCCCGACGCUGUACCCGCACCUGUGCCUGCUGAGCGAGCGGGAGAUGGCGCAGAUGCUGCUGCAGGUGCUGCAGGUGCUGCCCCCGCAGGGCGAGUCGCUCAUCAACCUGGCUCACGAGCUGGGCAUGCGCGCCUUCAACCGGCAGGCGGUGCAGCGGAAGCAGCGGGAGGGGCAGGUGCAGGUGCUGCAGCAGCGCUACUCGGAGUACUUGCGCCUGCUGGCCUGUGACACCCAGGUGGACCCGCCCCGCCUUCCACGGCAGCACUGGGAGGCGCUCGGGGGACCAGGCCACGACCCCCGCCCCGAACAGCCGUGGCCGCUGCCGCUGCUGGUGCAACUGGGCAAGCAGCUGGCUGAGGUGCUGGUGCAGGCUGUGCGCAUGCCCCGCAACCUGGGUGCGCCCGCCAGCGCCGAGCCACUCAUUCCGGUCCUGUAUCACGUGUACUCCUUCCGCAGCUUCCGUCAGAUCGGCAUCGUGAAACCUCACCCGGCCUUCUCGCAGUUGCUGGCCACGGCCGGGGAGCCCAUGCUGACCUUCGAAGCGGCCGAGGUGCCCAUGCUCUGCCCCCCGCUGCCCUGGACCUCCCCGCACUCGGGUGCCUUCCUGCUGAGCCCCGCCAAGCUGAUGCGCGCUGUGGAGGGCGCCCUGCAGCACCAGCAGAGCCUGGAGCGCUGUGCACCCGCUACCCUGCACGGGGCCUUCGAUGCCCUCACUCAGCUGGGCAACUGCGCCUGGCGAGUCAACGGCCGAAUCCUGGACCUGGUGCUGGCCGUCUUCCACGAUCGCGGCAGUGCCCGCCUCGGCGUGCCGCCCCCCGCCUCAGAGGCCCCCCGGCCGCCUUCCCGCGCCGUGCCGCCCGGCACUCCGCCUGCGCGGCUGGCGGAGCUGCGGAGAGAGGCAGCUCGCUGCCUGAAGGCAGCCCGCGAGCUGCGCAGCCUGCGGGCCGAUGCACUCUAUCGCCUGUCGCUGGCCCAGCACCUGCGGCACCAGGCCGCCUUCUGGCUGCCCCACAACAUGGACUUCCGUGGCCGGACCUACCCCUGUCCGCCGCACCUCAGCCACCUUGGCAGUGACCUGGCCCGCGCCCUGCUGGAAUUCGCCCAGGGCCGGCCCCUCGGCCCCAGCGGUCUUGACUGGCUCAAAAUACACCUGGUCAACCUCACGGGCCUGAAGAAGCGUGAGUCGCUGCAGGCGCGCCUGGCCUUCGCCGACCAGAUGCUGGACGAGAUCCUGGACUCGGCUGACCAGCCCAUGACGGGCCGAAAGUGGUGGAUGGAGGCGGACGAGCCCUGGCAAGUGCUGGCCUGCUGCAUGGAGAUCACCCAGGCCCUGCGCUCCCCCGACCCCGCCAGCUUUGUCUCCCACUUCCCGGUCCACCAGGACGGUUCCUGUAAUGGGCUGCAACACUAUGCGGCCUUGGGCCGGGACAGCGUGGGCGCCGCCUCUGUCAACCUGACGCCCUCCGACCUGCCACAGGACGUGUACAGCGGGGUGGCUGCGCAGGUGGAGGUGUUCCGCAAGCAGGACGCGGAGCAGGGCAUGCGCGUGGCCCAGGCGCUUGACGGCUUCGUGACCCGCAAGGUGGUGAAGCAAACCGUGAUGACUGUGGUGUACGGCGUCACGCGCUACGGGGGGCGCCUGCAGAUUGAGAAGCGCCUUCGGGAGCUGCCGGACUUCCCCCAGGAGCUGGUGUGGGAGGGUUCCCACUACCUCGUGCGGCAGGUCUUCAACAGCCUCCAGGAGAUGUUCUACACCACCCGGACCAUCCAGCACUGGCUGACGGAGAGCGCCCGCCUCAUCUCCCACAUGGGUUCUGCCGUGGAGUGGGUCACACCCCUGGGCAUACCGGUCAUCCAGCCGUACCACCGUGCCUCCAAGCUCUUGAUCAACGGAGGUCUCCAGAGCAUGACCUUCAACCAAAGCACCGACACCACCCAGCGGCCCAACACCAUGAAGCAGAAGAACGGUUUCCCUCCCAACUUCAUCCAUUCCCUGGACUCCACCCACAUGAUGCUGACGGCCCUGCACUGCUACAGGAAGGGCCUGACCUUCGUCUCAGUCCACGACUGCUUCUGGACCCACGCAGCGGACGUCCCCGUCAUGAACCAGGUAUGCCGGGAGCAGUUCGUCCAGUUGCACAACCAACCCAUCCUUCACGACCUCUCUCGGUUCCUGGUGAGGCGGUUCUGCUCGGUGUCCAAGUCUGACACCAUCUCUAAGAACAUCCAGGCACGCAAGCUCUUCCAGACGCUGUUGGACGUGCCCGAGACAGGGACCUUCGACCUGGAGCUGGUGAAGCGCUCCAAGUACUUCUUCAGCUGAUGACAGCGCCCUCGUGUAAAUAAAUCCAUCACCACCCCG